UUUGGUUUGCGCCGUCGGAAGGGGGAAGUCGUGAGUCGCGCGGCACCGAGAGUAACGAACGGCUGGAGUCACGCCCUCCAAUUUCGAUGAGGGAUGGUGAUGCGAGGAGUCUGGUGGUCGGUUCGUUGCACUGAUGGUUCGUCCGGACCCGUGAAUGUUGUUUGCUCGUCUGGACACGCACUUCGAACUUUCUUCCCAGGUACGAUCCCAUCGGAAUCCCAAUGUUGUGAUGUCCACGAUGCAGCAAUGUCAGCCUCGCGCAGCCAAUCCAGCGUCCGCAACAGGAUCAAUGCCAUCAAAUCUCGUGAACCGGGGGAGAUAGGAGGAGGAGCAAAUGGAGAUCGGACAUUGCGAAACAAAGAAGACGGGCGGUGGGUCACAAUGGCACGGAUGGGAGGGAUUUCGUGGAAUUCCUGUGCCAUCAUCGACCCGAUGAGGUUCCAUGGUACAUUUUUUACAAGACAGCUAACAACACAACUAAUUAGACAACUAGACAAGGAAGCGGAACGCCACCCGGACAGGGACCGUUUGUUUAGAGGAUAUUAUUGGAGAUUUAUUCCUCCAUAAUUACCCAUUUGAUACCCAAUUUAUCGAGAUAUCCCAAGCAAUUGACUGGGUCUA